AUGCGUUCCUUAUAUUACGCUGUAAUGGCUUCCUAUCGCCUGUUCUCAUCAUAAAAACUCUACCUUUACCUUCCCUUACUCCCCUGCGAUCGGUAAAUACAAUACUACUCGAAGAGGAGCGAUGGAGUUCGAUCUUGAGAACCCGCUGACGAGUUCCGAAGACGAGCACCAGGGCUGGGGCUCCAUAUCGGCGCUCUUCGCCGCGGAGUCCGACCACAUGAUCUCCACCGUCGGUCUCAUCGAUCUCUCCUCCCGGAGAGACGCCGUGUCUUUGGUCCUCCAGGCGCAGUUCGAUUGCAAUCUGGAUCCCUUCGUCGCUUACCUCGCAAUCAACUACAUCGAUCGGUUCCUAUCCAAGCGCAAAAUCCAGAGAGAGAAGCCGUGGAUCAUCCAGUUGCUCUCUAUCGCCUGCCUCUCCCUUGCCUCCAAGAUGAAGAAGACCAACUUCAUGCUCGCGAAUUUCCAGGGAAAGGAAGGAUUCAUAUUCGACGCUCAAACGAUCCGGAGGAUGGAGCUUCUGGUGCUUGGGACUUUGGAUUGGAGGAUGCGAUCCGUCACCCCUUUUUCCUUCCUAAGUUUCUUCAUCUCCUUCUUCUCGCCGGCUCGACCCCCUCUCCUUCAAGCCCUCAAAGCCCAUGCCACCCAAAUCCUUCUCAAAGCUAAAAACGAGAUCAAGAUGCUGGAGUUCAAACCUUCGGUGGUGGCUGCAUCCUCACUGCUCUCCGCUGCCUACGAAAUCUUCCCCAUCCAGUUCCCGGCCUUCCGCGCCGCCGUCUCCUCCUGCAACUUCGUAAAUGAAGAGAAGUUGUGGGAGUGCAGCAUCGUGAUAGGAGCCGCGACAGCAACGGCGAUGGACGGCUGCGAUGAUUCGGCCGGGAUGGGCGAAGGGUCAAGCCCCGAGACGCCAGUUACCGUCCUCGGCCGCCACUCCUCGAGCUCCGAGAGCGAGACCGCCGUUGGAUCCUCAUCGGACGGCCGGGAGCUCAAGAAGCGCCGGACCACUUCCACCCUCCGCGCCUCCUGCGAUCACAGCGGAUAAAAGAACAAAUAACGGGGCAAACGCAUAAUAUUUUGAGCGAGAGGGAUUAAAACCAAAAAAAGAUACCCUUUCGUGUGCCGCUUCUUCUAUGAAUCGAAGUCAUCGAGUGGUGGGUGGAUGGAUGGGUUCAGAAAACAAAAACAACAUAAUUGUUGUUAAUUCUCUGUUUUCUCUAUCAUAUAUAUAUAUUUAUUAUAAAAUAUGGAAUUGG